UUCUCAGCGGCGCAACAAACGGACCGUGUGUUUCUCUGUGAUUUGUUGUUGUUUGUUUGUUUGUUUGUUUGUUUGUUUGUUUGUCUGUUUGUUGUGGACAGCUGCACGGUCUUCUCUCAUCGUUUUCAACUCAACUAGCGAGCUAAGCUAGCGGCGCUAGCCUGCUAGCAUGUGGCGGAGCCGGGAGGCGCGCAGCGGCCAGGUGUACCGGCAGCUGUUCGAGGCUCAGGUGCAGCUGUCCAGGUCGCUGCUGGCCAGGCGGGGGCGACUCAACACAGCCUGUCUGUCUGCUGCCUGUCUGUCUGCUGAGGACAGCAACACAACCAGCAGGCUGCAGGUGUGCGGCUCGGCCAGCAGGGGGCGGCAGGAGGAGCAGGACGUCAGCGCACUCCCUGAUGCCGUUGUGAGUGACAGGCCGCGCUCUGACAUCAUCGAGCGUCUGACAGAGAAGAAGCAGAGAGAGCAGAGCGACGCUUUGGAGCGACUCUACACCGACCUCACAGUACUCACUGAGGGCUACGAGGCUCAGUACAGGACGUCCUGUGUGGAGCUGCUGUCCUCUCUGGGGGUCGUGGACCUCAGGUUGGACAGCCUGAGGGACAGAAUGGAGCAAGUGGAGCAGUUCAGUCAGCAGGAGGUGUGCGCCCUGUGGGAGGAGGUGUUGGAGGAGGUGAAGCUGAGGAGGAGCAGAAUCCAUCAGCUGGACAGAACUCUGACAGAAUAUGAGAGCGAGCGCAGCAGCAUGGUCAGUGUCAUCCUGAGGAAAUACUGCCACCUGCUGGGGAACAUCAGCUUCUCUCCCCCUGCUGACUUGUACAGACUCAUCCACUCUGUAGCCAUGAUGAUAAACCAGUCUGUGCUGGCUAACCGUCGCAGUGCAGCCCAUCUCCUGCUGCGCCUCCUGGAGGAGAACCUGGAGAAGGAGUCGCUGCUUCGUCUGCGCUGGGAGGACUGCCUGAGCUGCUGGAGGAGCAGCCGAGCGAGCCAAGUUAUAGACGGGUUCAGGCGGUUCAGCAGCAGCUGGCAGGGUUCUGCUCCUGCUGCUCACCUGCAGAAGGUGCUGGAUCUGAGGAGAACCCAGCAGAGGCUGGCAGAGGAGCGCUGUGACAUCAUCAGGAACCUGAGCUCCCUGGCCCCUCCCACCUGCUCCUCAGCUCUGGUGUCUGAUUGGUACAACCGGCUGACGGCUGUCAAUCAUAAGAUUGAUGAGCUUCAUGUUGACUCGGUGCGUCAGCUGCGUUGCUGCUAUGAACAGCUGUGGCAGGAUGGUCUGGCUGAGGUGGAGCGCUGCAGGGAGGCGCUGCGUGCUCUGAAGCUGUCGGAGGACGAGGUUCACCGCCUCAUCAGCUCCCAGCUCCUGCCUCUGAUUGGACGAUGCCAGAGCCAGGCUGAAGCACGACUGGCCGCCUUAGAUGAUGGGUUUGAGUCUCUGGCUCGCUGUGCGAACACUCUCAGUUGCCGGGUGUUUGUGUUGUUGCGCGGUGCAGCGUUGCUAUGGGAGACGCACAGUGUUGCCGUGGAGACGAGGGAGGAGGAGCUCCAGCAGCAGGUGGACAGGCUGCGACACACACAGGAGCAGGAGCGACAGAGGCGGCGUCAGCGUGUGGACGUGCUGCUGGACGGGAUGCGUCAGGAGAGCAGCGAGGAGGCGCUGAGGCUCUCCCUGCAGAGCACCUCCUGCUUCCUGAGUGACAGCACAGCCAGCUGCAGGCAGGGGGCAGCAGCGCUCGGUGACGUGCUGGACAGGUUUCCUGCUCUGCUCCUGGACGAGCUGCACAGCUACAGCCGCCGCCUGAGCUCGCACUUCAGCAUCCACACAGACUACGGCCUGACUCCACAGGAGCUGCAGAGCCUCUACCCGUCAAUCAAACUAGAGCUGACUGAGAAACAGCAUCAGACGUCAGAGGAGAGUGAGACAGACUCCGCCCACAGCGCCCAGGAGCAGCCGUCUGAGGUGGUGGAUCUCUGGGACUUUGGAAGUUUGGUCACUUUUACCUCCCACAGGGGCGGAGCUUUCAGCGGCCAUGCCUUCAGAUGUCCCAGCCCCGCCCCCCUGGCUGGCCUGGAGGAGGAAACCAAACUCGCCCUGUUCCCUGUGGAGCUGCUGACACACACACUGACCCAGGUGCGGGAGCUGUUCUUCCUACACCUGGAGCAGCAUCUCCAUGACGCCCUGAGCUCCAGUGUUGCCAUGGUAACAGAAAGGAAGGAAGUGUUGCGCUCAGAACAGGAACUACAACUGCAGCUGCUGGAUGCACAACACAUCCAGACACACAUACACAACCCCCGCCAGGCGGAGCUGGUGCAGCACAGGCAGUGUGUGGAGGCUCACUGUCAGGGUGUGCUGGAUGUGCUGAGCGGCUGCAGGGCAGAGCUGCAGCAGCUGCAGGCAGCGGUCAGCAGGGGGAGCCAGGAGUUGACCAGCAGGGCGUCGCACCUGGAGGAGGCCGUCCUGCACAGCAGCACCUUGCACAGGCUACAGUGUGUGUACUCCACCCUUCAGGACAGUCUGGAUCGUCAUAUUGAAGAGACCCAGCAGAAUCAGACAGCCCUCAGACAGUCUGUUCAGCUCCGAAUGCAACAGCUAAGAGACGAUACUGCAGCACUACUGCGCUCCUUCAAGUUGUUCAGUGAGGGAGGUGACUUUGCUCCUCAGGAGGUGGAGGUUUUCCAAAGGAGGUUGGAGGAGAAAAUGAAGAAGAUUGAUGAGACAGAGGAGGCCAUCCAGACUGAGCUUGACGCCUCUGAGUCCAGGAGCUUACAGCAGGUGAAGGAGGCGUUCGCUCGGUUUGAGGAGAAGUUCUCCCUCCUGAGGGUGGAGCUGACCUUCCUGGACAAGAUCCAGAAGGUUCUGAGCAACACACAGGUUCACAUCAAGGCUGAGGCAGCCAGCAGUAACCAGCAGCAGAGAGUCGUCAGCAGCAAAGUGGAGGAACUGAGGAAGCUGAUGGAGCUGACAGAGGUGUCUUCAGACCAGGUGUGUUCGCUGCUGUCCUCUCUCAGUCAGGUUGUGCGGACUCGCUGCCUCUACCUGGACUGCUUCCUGGACUCCAGCCUGGCCCUCCCGGUCCCGCAGCGCCCCCUGCAGGGCAGCUUCGCUCUGGCUGCUCGUCCCAAACCCAGGAGAAAGGAGAGGUUAGCCCCGCCCCCUGGCCUGCUGCAGCCCUGCAGAGUGGGCGUGGUCUUCUGUGAUGAUGCGGCCGUGGGCGUGGUCAAAGCGCUCAACAGGUUCAGCAGGAUGCAGCCUGGUGCAGCAGAGACAGAGCAGAGAAGAACCACAACUGGUCAGAGCUCCUCCCCCCUGCCCCUCCAAAACAGAUCAGCUGAGUCUGUUAGUGGACAAAGUGUGAGGAAGCUCAGGACCAACAGGACUGAUAAACGGCUGCAGAGGUUUGGAUCCAAACCAGAACCAGGACACAACUCCUUCAGGUCCAGAGUGAACAGUUUGCUGUGGAAGGCCAGUGAUGUGCUCCUGCUGGUUGCCGAGGGUUUCUACAAGUCGGAGCGUCGUGGCGGCUGCAGGUUCCACUUUGUGUCAGACAGUUUGGACCAAUGGGCUGAGAGUCUGAACCAGAGGCUGCUGGGAUACCAGGAGCAGGCCAGGCAGUACCAGAGCAACAGUAUACAGGAGUUUGUGGACCAGCUGUGUGUGUUGGAGAAGCUGUUGUGCUCGUUGCCUGGGGUUUUGUGUUGCAACCAUGAGCAACGCCAGGGGGCGGAGCUGAUGGAGGAAGUGGGCGGAGUCAGACAGAGGCUAGAGAAGACGCUGGAGGCCAGCGAGGAGGAGAAGAGGCAGCAUGUGGCCCGGCUCAGGCUGGCUCUGGAUCAGCAGCAGCUGGAGGCUCUGAGCAGCAGCGAGCGGCGGCGGCAGCAGGAGCUGCAUGACGCCAUCAGCAGGUCACACCGGGAACUGCAGGAGCGUGUGCGUGUCAGAGGGGAGGAGUUUGUGACAUCACUGGCCUCCCUGACAGAGAGCCUCCUGCUCCAGCUAGACGGCCUGCUGACCCCUGCAGAGUUAACUGCAGCGUCGGACCAGUCAGAGCGCUUUCUGGUUACCGCGGAAACAGGACAACAACCAUGCAGCAGCAGCAGAACAUGGCCGGGGAUUCCCUUCCUGUUGUUUCCUGAUGACAUCACCGCAGCCACAGCCUCUCCUGUUACCAUGGCAACGACAACCUCCAUCACCACAGCCAAGUGCACUCUGGGACAUCUGGCUGUUAUAGAGCAGAGAGACGCUGCUGUGAAGCGGUAUGAGCAGCUGUACAGGUCGGAGGUGUUGCGCUCGGACGCCGACAGACGCAGACAGCAGGCGGCGCUGCAGAGCUGGAACACACACUGGGAUCUGCAGAUGCACACACUGACACACACACACACACUCUGACAAACACACACUGACACACACACACACGCACACACACACUCAGACACACACACACUCUGACACACACACACACACUCUGACACACACUCACUCUGAGACACACACACACACACACACACACACACACACACACACACACACACUCUGACCCGUCGCUCGGUGGUGUUUCGGAGGUGGGUCAGGUGGUUUCUGUCUCCGUGGAGUCGCUCGGCCCUGAGCCGCUCUCAGCCCGACGAAAAACUCUGAUUUUCUCUCAGAUUAAAUUUGUAAAUUUAUGAGAUGACAAUCGUACAUUUAUGAGAUAAAAAUUUAAAAAUUCUGAGAUCAUAAAGUCACAUCUUUGUGAGAAAAAACUCAGAAAUUGGGUGGAGCCUCGGCCAGGAGGGGGCAGCACAGGUGGAGCCUCGGCCAGCAGGGGGCAGCACAGGUGGAGCCUCGGCCAGGAGGGGGCAGCACAGGUGGAGCCUUCAGCAGCAGCAUAACAGAGUCUAAGAAGUAAAGAAGUGAUGGGGCGAGCUGAGCCCCCCCCCCAGCUGAAAGCCUGUUUGAGACAUUUAGGGGAACUCUGAAAAUUGUCCAUUUUGUGUGGGGUUUUUAUUUUUUUAAAUUUCAUGUUUUUAAAUUGUAAAUGAAGUUUAAUAAAAUAA